AUGAAAGCCUAUCUAAAGAGCGCAGAAGGCUUCUUUAUCCUGAAUAAAAGUACUACGAUUGGAAGGCAUGAAGACUCAGACCUUGUUUUAGAGUCCGCUGACAUCGACAACCAUCACGCGCUCAUUGAAUAUAACGAGGCCGAGGGCAGCUUCGUUCUCCAGGACUUCAAUUCCCUCCACGGCACCUUCGUCAACGAGUGCCACAUUCAAAAUGUGGCUGUGAAGCUGUUGCCUGGAGACAUCCUGAGGUUUGGGUCUGAAGGGCUGACCUACGAACUCGUCAUCGAAAACCCACCCUCGGUCUCCUUCCCUUGGGCGAGGGGUCCAGCGCCCUGGCCGCGGCCACAGCCCCCUCAGGCCACACAGCAGCCGAACCAGUCGCCCUUGCCGCCACAGAUGCCCUUCCACCCCGGCACCCGGCCAGCGCAGAAGAGCUGGUCCCAGGGGUUCCCCAGGCCCACCAGGGCCCCGCCCGCCUCCCACAAGCGGCCAGUGAGUGCCGGCGGGAAGAUGUUCUCCUUCGUGGUGGAUGGCGCCCACCACUCACCCAUCAUCAAGCAAGUGUGGACCAGCGCCGCGGAACUGCCGGGACAGUCGGUGGCCGAGGGCAUUCCCGGGGCAGUGCCUUGCAUGGAGGUUUACAUGGACCAGGACCUGGCCCAGCAGGACAAGGAUGAAAUAAUUCUGCUGCUGGGAAAAGAAGUCAGCCGUCUCUCGGAUUUUGAACUUGAAUCCAAGUACAAAGAUGCUGUGAUCAUGAACCUGCAGAACGAAUUGGCCAGUCUGAGUCAGAAGCUGUUGGAGACAGCCACCUCCAGAAGCGAGCAGGUGACCUCGCAGAAGUUUCCAGGUCCGGAUGAAGACAUCGACGACCAACAGAGAGAGAUCCAGAACCUGAAAAGCCAGGUCAGUGCCCUACAGAAAGGCUACAGCCAGGUGCUGUGCCAGACCCUGUCCGAGAGGAACUUGGAAAUCACAUCCCUGAAGAACGAGGGUGAGAACUUACGGAGGGACAACGCCAUCACCGCAGGGAUGGUGUCCUCUUUGCAAAAAGACAUGUUAGCAAAGGAUGAGCAAGUUCAACAACUCCAAAAGGAGGUGAACCAGCUAAAAAAUGAGAACAAAGAAAAGGACCACCAGCUGGAAACCCUCAGCUCCAGAUGCUCGGUGCUCAACGAGGAGCUGAAAAGGGAAGAGGCUCAGAAGGAGCACCGGGAAGCCCAAGAGAAGGAGUUAAAACUCUGUAAAUGCCAAAUCCAAGACAUGGAGAAAGAAAUGAAGAAGCUCAGGGAGGAGCUGAAGAAGAGCAGUGCUGAGCAGAACAUGAUCUCUAAGACACUUCGAGAAAAGAGCAAGGUUGAAGAGAAGCUGCAGGAGGAUUCCAGAAGGAAAUUGCUUCAGUUACAAGAGAUGGGGAACAGAGAGAACCUCAUUAAAGUCAAUUUGGAAAGGGCAGUAGGUCAGCUGGAGCACUUCAGGAGUCAAGUCAUCCAGGCCACCUAUGGGCGAGCGAAGCCAUUUCCGGACAAGCCCGUCACCGACCAACAGUUACUAGAGAAGAUCACCCAGGUCACCGAGGACAGCAUCAGCUUCCAGCAGCGAAAACGGAGCCUGCAGGCGGAGGUGCAGCUCAGCAGUUGCAAGCAGGAGGAAAUCACGGAGAACGUCGAGAAGCUGAAGGCGUCUCUAGACAGCUGCCAGGCCUGCAUGAAAAUGCCUUGCUGUAGCGAGGACCUGAAGAAGGAGGUGGACCGCCUCCACUGCCUUCAGGUGAGCCCGCCGAUUUCCGGGCUCCAGAAGGUGGCGCUGGACAUCCUGCGCCUGCUGCAGUCUUGGCUGGAGGAAGCCGAGCGUCUCCUCCGUGACGUCGGGAUCCAGCUAUCCAACUCCGACAAAGGAUUGCCUUUGUAUCUGAAAUAUCUUCUGGAACAUUACCAAAAAAUCACACUUCGGACCCAGGAACUUCAGAUCAAGGUCAGCAGUUCUCAGGAAACUCAGAAGUCUUUGCUGCAAGAAAAGCUGCGGGAGCAUCUGGCAGAGAAGGAGAAGCUGAACGAGGAAAGGCUACAGCAAGAGGAGAAGCUGAAAGCCAGAGUGAAGUGGCUGAUAGAAGAAAAGACGGCUUUGGAAGAAAGAAUUACUCAAGAGAAAAACAGAGCCAAAGAAGCAUUAGAGGAAGAACAGAGAAGAGUCCAAGAGCUGGAGAAGCGCUUAACCCACCAGAAGAAGGCUUUGGAGGAAAGCUUUCUUCAAGAGAAAAGCAGAGUGAAGGAAGCAUUAGAGGAAGAACAGACCAGAGUCCAAGAGCUGGAGAAUCGCUUAACCCGCCAGAAGGAGGUUUUGGAGAACAGCAUGGCCCACGAGAAAAGAAAAGCAAAGGAAGCCUUAGAGGCAGAGAAGAGGAGAGUUCAGGACCUGGAGAACCACUUAACGCAGCAGAAGGAGAUUUUAGAAAGCAGCAUCGCCUUCGAGAAACAAAAAGCAAAGGAGGCCAUGGAGAACGAGAAGAGAAGAGUGCAGGAUCUGGAGAACCGCCUAACCAAGCAGAAAGAGGAAAUUGAUUUAAAAGCACAAAAAGAAGACGUUUUAAAUAAUAAAUUAAAUGACGCGCUGGCCCUGGUAGAAGAGACUCAAAAAACAAAGGCGGCUGAGAGUCUGAAAGCAGAGAGCCUCAGCGUGAAAUUAAGUGAAACAUUAGCUGAACUGGAAACUGCCAAGACAAAAAUGGUCAUGAUGGAAGGGCGGAUACAGCUGCAACAGCAAACAAUGAAGGCUCUCCAGGAAGAACAAGAAACCCAGAAACGCGGAUUUGAAGAAGAAAUCAUGGAAUACAAGGAGCAAAUCAAACAGCACUCCCAGACCAUCGUGAGUCUAGAGAAAAGACUCAGAAAAGUGACUGAACACCACAAGAAAAUAGAAGGAGAGAUCGCAACUUUGAAGGAAAAUGACCCAGCCCAGGAGAAGGAGGCACGGCAAGACCGUCCCGCAGGGCCCCCGUUGGAGACCAGUGCCAAAGACGCAGCAUGUGACCACUUGAUAGAGGACUUGCUGAUUGCACAGAAGGAAAUCCUGUCUCAGCAGGAGGUCAUCAUGAGCUUAAGGAAGAACCUUACCGAAGCCCAUGGCCGAAUGUCAGAUUUGAGAGGGGAGCUUAACGAGAAGCAGAAGAUGGAGCUGGAGAGAAACAUGGCCCUCGUCCAGCAACAAAAGAACGAGCUGAGUGUGCUCAAGGGAAAGAUGGCACAGAUGACCAGCCUGGUUGAGAGGAAGGACAGGGAGCUGGAGGUCCUCAAGGAGACGCUCAGAGCCUCGCAAGAGAAACACAGACUCCAGCUGCACAAGGAGAAGGGACAGAAGCCCAGGAAGGCGACCCAGAUGUGUGACAUCUCGGUGCAGAUAGAGCCGGUCCACACCGACACUUUCCUGAGCAGCCAGGAGGAGCAGUCCUUCAGUGACCUGGGGGUCAAGUGCAAGGGGUCCCGACACGAGGAAGUCAUUCAGCGUCAGAAAAAGGCCUUAUCUGAACUUCGGGUGCGAAUUAAAGAGCUCGAGAAGGCCUGCUCGUCAAAUCAUAAGGACCACCGGGGUGAAUCAUGUCUAGACUUAAAGACUCUCAGAAUGGAGAAAAAUGUCCAGAAAAUAUUGGACGCAAAACCUGAUUGGCCAAUUCUCUCAAGAACAGAGAUCCAAGCGGCUCAAAAUGGCCUUGCCAACUCAGCCCCCAAGAAGCCGGGGAACAUGGACGUGGCCGAGGCUUUGGAUCUCAGUGAAAAGCUGUACAUGGAUAUGAGCAAAACGCUCGGGAGUCUGAUGAACAUCAAGGAAAUGGCAGGUCACGUGUCCAUGAAACACCUCUCCCCCAAAGAGAGGGAGAGAGUCAACCAGCUUCGACAGAGGGACCUCGACCUGGUGUUCGAUAAGAUCAGCCAACUCAAGAACCGGCUGGAGAGAAAGGAGGAGCUUUUGAGAGGAUAUGAGAAGGACGCUGAACAGCUCAGGCAGAGCAAAGUGUCCGUUCAGAUGUACCAGUCACAGGUGGCAAAGCUGGAGGACGACGUCUACAAGGGGGCGGAGGAGAAGGCGCUGCUGAAGGAGGCCCUGGAGCGCCUGGAGCAGCAGCUGCACCAGGAGAAGCGGCUCAACAGGGCCAUGAGGCAGCACAAGGAACGUUUAGAGGAUCGUGAACAGAGAAGUGCAAAAGCAUCAACACCUUGCAACUGUUCCUUCAAAGAGAAAGAGAAGCAGAGACGAAUGUUUGUAGAGACGGUGAAGAACAAGAUGCAGAACUCAAACUCCCAGGCUGGAGCCAGAAAGGCCACCUCAAAGAUGGACCAAGAAAGAGAGACGCUGAAGAGAGACUGUUCCAGCAAAUCCAGCCAGAGUCUUCUGUUCUCUAAGCCUGGCGGAAGGAACUAG